UUAUUUGUAGAACUAAAAUCACAAAAGUAUUUUCGCCGAGGAAAAAGCUGCAUUAUGUUAACACUAGAAAAAACACUCGGAAGGAUAGUAUGCAUUAUAGGUGGAAUACUUAUUUGUUGUGACGUCACCAAUUCGCAAGUAUCUUUGUAUUCCAGAGACAUCAUUGAUAUUACGAAGGGAAAGAAAAUUUACUUUCAAGAAACGCAUGGAUACGAACAGAUGGAGCAGAAUAAAAUGUUUUACAAAGUUGAAUUAGUGGAAGCUUGGAAUGAAUACCCGGUACUUGAUCAUUACAACUUUCUCGCAGCCAACAUUACCCAUUCCUGUUUCUGUGACUGUCCAGGUGGUCACAAUAGCUGCUUUAAGGAUGAUAACUUCUGUCAGACGACUAGAGGGGCACAUUGGUGCUACAGAAUAGCUCUUCCAGAGCAGGCAUCCACUGGAUGUCUGUUAGAAAAACUGGACAAUGCUGAAGUGUGCUGUAACAUUCAGAUAUAUCCGAACCAACAUCUGGGAUUACACACCGCUCUUCAGUUAGGUGUGCCUGCUACCAAACUUAAGUUUAAGGUAAGCCCCCACAGUCACUCUUUAGAUAGUGUGAAGACUCCCGUGAAAUACAUCACCGUCGAUGGAACUAAUGGCAAACGGAGAUUCGACAAGUUUGAACUCGAAAUCUUUGGAGUCCUUCAACCAACCAGUCUAAAGGAAGGGAUGUAUAUUUUGAACCCCCGAGGAGAGAUUUAUCUAAACCAUAGUAUUGGGAUAAAUCUCUCUAAAGAAUUCAAUCUUAAAAAACUAGGGUGGUUUAAGUACGUUAACGGAACGUGGGAAGUACCACACGUGGAAACUUUCAAAUCUAGCUUCAGCGUAGAAACUUUACACUGUAAGAAUAAUAAGUUUGCAGUUUAUAUGAACGUCGCUCAACUUCGCGACGAGGAGUCUCUCCAGGUCAUCUCAAAUAACGUUGGAAAGCUCUACAAAGAAUAUAUCAAAAAAAUAUUCUAUACGGAGCUUGGAGGGGUGAAAAUUGUGGAAGAUUUGUCAAGGACAAGAGAAAUUAGGAUACGGUUUCGGAAGGCACAUGUCAUGAAGACUCCCCACAGUAGAUAUUCAUUUGGAAACAGAGGCAUCAUCCAGUUUACAUCUAGUAUUCGACUGGAUAGACACCAGAAUGUGUUUCUCAUCAUAGAGUUGUACGAUCCACCAGGGCCAGUCGAAGGAUUUGCGACAUCCGAAGAAAAGCAAGAAUAUUUUUCAUUUUCCGUUGAUUCUAGUCACAAGCAAGUCCUAUCUCAUCGUCUGUCUUCUUGUGAAAACCAAAUUAAAAUUUGUUUGUGGUCAAGUUUGGACAGUCGUAUCAACUGCAAGGAUACUAGUUGUGUGAGAAGUAAUUUUACCAUCACAAAUAACGAGAAAAAAAUUGACUUGAUGCUACCAUUGUCCAAAGGAGUUCAGAAUCGUGAAAAAAAGAACAUUGCUCCUAUUUGGAUAAUCUUCGUCUUUAGUUUCUUAACAAUAUUUAUAAUUUGUUUGCUGUUAUUCGUUGCAUACAUGAAAAUCAAGAAAACACAGCGAAAUGAAUAAAAGGGUGCACCCUUUUCCACUACUUCUCGACUUUCUGAAAGUCCUCUGAUGUGUCAGUUCAUCGACUUACAACGCUAAAAUCGGGGAUCCGAUUGCUCACUGUGAAGUGAGCGAAAAUAGUGCAUUGUGUAGCUUUACGCUAAGAAAACAACAAAUAUACGCCUUUCUAAGACAUUUCAAUUUAAGUUUACAACGCAUGGGGGUCACCACCAGGGAAACAGAGUUUGCACGAUCUCUUCACUUUUGUAACAAGACGGACGGAGUAUGGUAUUCCCUUAACGUACCAUGAAUAAAAUAAAGCUUUCAAAAUGUCUUCUAUGUGACAUAGUAGCGCUUUUUUCUUACUGUACAACAAUGCUACUUCAGUAAGCAACAGCAGAAUUCCGAAAGAAAAUGAUAUUGUUGCAUUAGGUAUCUAAGCAACUAUAUCACGUGUUACUAGCAGCAGAACCAUAAUGUUAAAUUGUAUUAUUUUAUUUAUUCAUCCCCACGACUAGUUGUUCAGUAGACCCCCACCAUUUGUUCGUAUUUGACGGGACCUCUGAUAUAAUAUGUAUGAAGAUUACGACAAGACCCUUAUAAUAAGUUGUCGUGAAUCAUCCAAACUGUUAUUCGUAAGUAUAAAGUAUUUCUUCUGCCUGUGUAAUAAAAUAGCCAAAUUGCACCUGGUGGUUCAAAUUUCACUUAUUACUUUUCCUCGCAAAAUUAUGUGAUUAAAAUUAUGAAAUUAAACCCACAUACCUCGAAAUAGUGACUGAAUAGUAUCUAGAUAAUUAUUGAAAAUUGAAAUAAACAUUUGUUUCUACGAAGUUAUCAGUCACUAUUUAUUAUCGUAUUGUGAAGAUCCAAUAACUGGUUUUGAUGUUCACAGGCAACAUUACAAAAC